CCCCGACAGCUGUUCCAGACAAUGCGUCACUGCUGCAACAUCCGCUGCUCCACCCACUUCAAGACGAAGGCGGGGGAAAUGUUUUUCUCUCACUACAGCCGCGGCACCGUCAGCUACGUGUGUGCGUGGACACUCAACUCCUCCGACCCUGACGCUGCAUGUAUACAGGAUAAGUCCGAGGUGUGUUAUACAAUGUGCCGUCUGAUGUUCGUCCCGAAGUAUCGAGUGUUCGUAGGGUUCAGCCCGGACAUGAAGCUGCGCGUGUUCACCAAGUCCAAGAAUGGGUGCCAGGAAGUCUCGCACGGCAUCAGUGCCACUACCGUUCUAUGUCUGGCCUUCAACCGGGACACGAAUGAAGUGAUCACAGGCUGUAUUGGGGCAGUGGAGGCGUGGGCACUCAAGGGGUCAGAGCAUGCCGCGGUAAUGACGAAGGAGCGGAGGUUUGCCCUGUCUCUUGCCAAGGACGAUUGGGUGCUGGACAUUCAAGUGGACACGAAGAACAAACAGCUGCUUGUUGUGUGCGAGACGGCCCUCAUGGUGCUCAACUAUGAGAAAAAUCAACAGACACAUUACAUGUCCAACAAACACAGUGGAUCCAUGAAAUGCUGCUGUGUAUACAACCAAGGGGAGUAUCUGAUUACAGGGAGUCUGGAUGGCAGCAUAAAGGUGUGGAAUGCAGUGGUGUUCACACAGGUACAUGCAUUCACCGGACACCGAGGCGCCAUCACAGCCUUGCAGCCUCACAGAAUCGACCCCCUGCUGUUCUCCAGCUCAAUGGAUGGCUCUGUGCAAAUCUGGAGGAUGGACAACUUCCAGAGAUUCCUGAGACUUGACCUGGGUGAGCCGAUCUUCACCAUGAAACUUCUGGGAGAGACCCGUUUGUUCUGUCAGCUUGAAACAGAAAUGAAGCUGUACAAUUUGAACCAGUUCUUCAGUCUGUUUGCACCGGUGGAGUCCACAGUUCACUUCCUACAGUGCAUCCCAGGACUCCGAGGGAAACCCUCGCGAAUCUUGGCAUCAUGCCAGGAUGGCAGUGUGCGGUUCUUCUCUCCUGUUAAUGGCCUCACUAUAACCAUCGUCUACCCCAUGCCAACCUUCCAGGUUUUGAGGAAUUUUGUGUACAAUGUGAUGGACGACCUUCUGUACACACUGCUGUUAGGAGGGGAAGUGCUGGUGCUGGGGUGUUCUAGCAACCCAUGUCGAGCUGUGCGGAUCCUCAGCCCGGAGGCGGAGCCCAGUGAAGUGCUGGACCUGGCCCUGGUCAAUGUGACAAUCUGUGGUAUAGUGGAGGCGCUUGUGUUUGGAGGUCUUAGAAACGGACAGAUCUGUCUGCUUGAUGCCAGACACUAUCACAUGCCGAUGUCAACUCAGGCUCACCACGGCCGCAUACUGUGUCUGGAGGCAUGUCCAAACAUAGCCCACAAUGACCUGGGGCUGGAAAGGAACCACGCAUACGUGCUGUCUGGGGGGACAGACUACCUUGUCCGUCUGUGGAUGGUGAACAUCUUCGACCGUCAAGCUGACAUCAUCCGCCUCAGCAUGGUACAUCAGUUUGAGUUCAGUAGCAGCCCGACCAAACUUGUCCUGUCCCUGGACCGACUGUGUGCCACCUUCACCACCAAUCCCAGUUCACUGCGGAUGUACCAGAUCAAGAAGUGUGUCAGUCGGCAACAAAUGAACACAUCACUCCACUUGGUGCCAAAGUACCAUUCAUCAGACUAUGACCAUACAGCAGAGAUUUCAACCAUUGACCAGUGUCCAGCUGUGCAUAUAUUUGCCACCGCCAGCUCUGAUGGCUCAGUGAAGAUUUGGGACUUUGAAAAUAAUCUGAUCCGGGAACUUGGCUUUGGAAAGCCACUGAGUGGCAUCUGUUUCGCCAACAGGAGAGGAGACAUUCUCAUUGGUUUUGAGAACCACGUGGUGUCAGUCUCCAUACUGAAUUAUCUCCCCUUGGACAAACUGGAACAUGUUGCUGGCCUGAUGUUUCAGGAUGACAAGAGAGAAUCGCCCCUGAACUACAACCAUCUGGCCAAACCCUGGUUUGAUCCAAGGUCAAUGGCACGAGACUAUCUGCAGCUGGAAAAGAGAUUAAUGUAUGGUCAACAAGCUCGGACAGCGGACGGAUCAGCAGAGAGCGGGACAGUGGAUCAGGUUGCGCAGAUUGUCCUGGGUGAAGGGGGAAGGUUCCAGAUGGUCGAUGGUGCCAUGAGGAUUGUGGUUACAGAAGAUUCAAAGUUGGCUGAAGAAAUCACAAAAAAAAUCAUCCUCCGACGUCAGUCUCAGGUGGUGCAUACUUCAAGGUGCCGUCCAGGGGCACUAGCAGUCUUUGCAGUUGCUGUCAUGGAUGCAAGGAGGAACAGGCUGAUCAGGAUAGGAGAGGUGAUGGAUGUGGAAGAAGAGGAUGAAGGCAUUGGGGAGGAACUGGAGGAGGAGGCUAAAGUGAUCCAGGUGUAUGACCCAUUCCUUGGCUUGACAGCACUGGAGAGAGAACUGCUGAAACGGAAGCCUAUCAUUGCCCCUGAUGGUUACAUCCCUAAUUCUGUGAUACGAAAAAUUCUGGGACAAGGUCGUGCCAUUCAACAACGAACUCCAUCACCAUGGAAGCCAAGACCAGUACCACGAGCGGAUCCCCGCCACCUUCCCCCAGGUUGGGAGGAGAGACUCCGCGCUUAUGAGGAGGAGAUGGAGGAAGACAACCAGGGAUCUGUGUCGUCAGUCGAGUCAGGGAAGCCGUUCCUGUGGGCUGACGAUGAGGAUGAGGAAGAGGAGUCGAAAUCCUCGCCGUCCCCGACGUACACCAGCUCCCCUGUCCCCUCCCUCACCAGCUAUGCCACCAAGCUCCACACCAAGCCGGCAGCAGCAGACAGUUAUAAACACACAUACAAACCCACAAGCCAUGGCAUCACCAAGGUGGACUGGAACUUCGACAAAAGUCAGGGAAAAGAGAAGUCAGAAAAACCAUCAACCAAAGUCUUGGCAGCACCAGAAGUCGUCAAACAGAAGACAUUCCGCAGACAGGUUUCACAAGUGGAAAAGAUCCAGCCUGGAGACACAGACAAGAAGGAGGACACACCCAAACGGAAGUCAACAGCAGGGGUUGAUAUGGACCUGCUGCAGCACCUCCUGGCUGAAGACUGGUUUCCAAGUGACACCCCACUGGAGGCCAGUUCCGCUGUCCAAAAACUUCUGGAGCUGCUGUCAUCAUUCGGGAAGACACCGGCCGUCCAUCACAAGAUCUGUGACUACAUCAUCAGUCUACAGGAACAAACUGGUAUGAUAAAGCCAACAGUAGAAAGGUUCCAAGAGUGUCUUCUGGACCAGCUGACAUGUGAGAUGAAUGAGAUCCGCUCCAACUGUGUCCGCACUCUCCGGGGUCUAGGUAUGGACUCCAGCGACAUUAUCACCGCCAUCCUCCCGAAACUUGUGGAUCCUUCACGUGAUGUCCGACAAGAGGCAGUGCUUGCCCUGGUAGAACUGACCAAUGUGAAGGACAAGGAAAGUCUGGCUGACCUCCUCAACAAGUUGGGGGUCACACGGCCCCUGUUGUCAUCAGAGGAUGAGGACAAUGCCCUGAAGAUUCUGAGGGACAAGAUUGGCCUGACCAAGCAGCAGAGUGUCACUGUGAUAGAAAGUUUCCACGACUGGGUGAGUGACUGGGUGUCCAGUUCCAUCCCCGGUGUGUUUGAAGGAGAGGAAUACAUACCUGUAAUGGCAGGGGAAGAGGAAGCAGGCACAGCCAAGAGAGUGAAGAUUGUUUCCCCUGAUAGUGAGGGGCGAGACAGUUCUCUUGAGAGGAAGAGAAGGAAUAGCACAUCUUCACAACGGAGGAAAUCUUUCUCUAAAAGGCAUCCAAGCAGAUCUGUGAAACCUGGGGGCAAGACUUCCUCUGUGGUGGAGGAAAAGAAGCCUGAAGUAACAGAGGAACCCACACAGACCGUGCACAAGUCGCGUCAAGAGAGACAACCCACCAAAGUAUCAGAUCAGCUGUCAGGAGGAAGAGGACCACACCGUGCUUGCUCCCCCCAGUCCUUCAUCCGUAACACCCCGGAACCCGAGGCCUUCAGUCACGACCAGAAACCACGGUUCCGCCCCAAGGGAGGUUCUGGGCACUGCUACCCGGAGCCCCAUACUGAAGGGUCAGGCCGGAGUCGUGACCCCGCUGACAGUGGAAGAUCCACACACAGAGGUGAAGGCCAUUCUGGGAAGCGGGAUUCUGGGCAGGUGCUCAGUAAGCGCCUGAUAGAGUACGCCAGGAUGAGCUCAGACAAAGACUCAGACCUUCAUUCACUGUCAAUGUCUGCUGGCUCAGAUCAUCAAGAUUUGGUCAUUCCGACAGAGAUCUCGCAACAAACGGAGGUUCACUCCCAGGAGGGGCUCAGCUUCUAUGACUCGGGCAUCGGCAGGGACAUAUCUGACUCCUCCUCCCAGGGCAACCGCGUUGGCCCUGUAGCAUCGUACAAGAAGAAAGUAAACCAACGGCAGCUGUCACCAGUGAAGUCUUCAUCCAAUGGGCCAUCACCCCCGCCUAAGAAAGGGAAAGAUUGGAAGGAAUUCUUUGAGACCCCAACUGCCGUAGAGAGACGAAGGAUGGGCAUGGUAAAGAAGGACUUUGAGGAAGGCAACAUGAAGAAGAUGUCCAGUCUACCGCCUAUCUCCUACAUCAGCUCUGACCUCCCCACAUCCCCCGGGGAGGCUGGCCUCCGACUCCUCCACACAGUCAGGGUGGCGGAGAAGGACAAGUCGGACUCCGAGAAACACAAGGUGGAGGCAGUUCCGGGUCGUCUCAGUGUCCACACACAGAAUGUAGACUCUGGGAGAAGUAAUUUUGGUGUUCUCCAGAUGCAGUGGACAACCAAUGUUCCGGUCGUUCCUGUGUCCGGAGCUCGACAACGCAGGAAGAAGGCUAGUCACAUGACAAGGUCGUACAACCCUGACCUUACCCUGCCUCCACUGGACAAGUCUGGGAACAUCCUACAUAAACCCCAGAUCCCCCACAUGGACGAGACCAGGUUCCCGAUGGUUCAGUCAGCGGUGGAGAGUGACUAUGUCUGGGAGAAGCCCCUGCCACCUCCACCCAUUACCAAGUCUCGCACAGUGAUCUCCCCUGUCCGCAAGAUGGCACAUGACCAUAUGUGUCGCCAUUACAAACUAGCCAAGAAGAAACUACAUCAUUACAUAUCUAUAACCAAGUAUUUAGCUAAUGUGGACUUAGCUGAAAAUAUACUACCAACCAUGAAUAGGAAUGAGCAAGUCUCCAAGUCAAUUCCCAUAUGAAGCUAAAAGAUCCAGCCUUCACGACCUUCACCUUCCCAGUCUCAACAAAUCCAAAUAUACCCGUCAUGCAACUUUACCACCCCUACAGCUGGGGAUG